AUGUCGCAACGGGCAAGCUCACAGGCAGAUUCAGACGAUGGCCCCCUCCCCUUCACGUUUCACGAUGGUGAAGAUGACUCCGAGCCGCCAGUGGUUACAUGCGUCGAGUAUUCUCCCGACGGUCAAUCUAUCGCGACCGGCGCCCAUGAUAGCACGGUGCGCUUUUGGGACGCCAAGACCGGCCAGGAAACCAGAAGGCUGACGUCUGGCCAUCCAGUCCUAUGGAUAUCGUUCUCUCGUUCUGGGCGCCGGCUGGCUGCCAUAUGCUUAAGCUCGGACGCGGAACGCGCGCACGUGGUCGAUGGGCAGUGGGUUAUCGAUGGUUCAGAAGCGGGUACAACAUGCGUCUGGGACGUAUCUACAGGAAAGAAGGUGGCGGGGCCAUUCAUCAUGGAACAUAGGGCGCAUUACGAUAGAGCUGUGACAGCGAUCACCUGCUCUCCGUCGAAAGACCACCUUGUGUGCGUCGUGAAUGAAAAAGAGGUCUAUGUCUGGGACCUUCAUACCUGCAAGAUUGCGCUAUCAUCUGUACGUCCAUCUUGUCACCCAAGGCUGUCUUUUGAAGAUGUUUGCGCUUUUCAGAUACCACAGAGGAAGGCUGAGUUACCACAUCUAUGUCAUCCCGCCUAUGGGGGUGGUGUUACAGCCAUUCACGCGUUCCCAGAUGGCCGUCGCUUCGUUAGCAGCACUUUCGAUGACCACUACAUACGAAUAUGGGACGUUCAAACAGGAAAACAAGUCAAGGAAUUCUCAUUUCCGGGUGGUUGCAAUAUCGCUCUCUCUGAGGAUGGUUCGCUGCUAGCGGCUGGAUCAACCAAACGCUUCGGAUGUGUUACUCUGCUAGAUGCAAACUCAGGCGAGGAGUACUCUCCUCCAUUGUUGGGAGCUGGCAGCCAAACACAAAAACUCUUAUUUUCUUCCGACAGCUCGGUGCUAGCUGUCAUAAUCAACGACGGGGGUCUGCGCCUGGUGCACGAUGUGCUAGGUGACCGCGAGAUCAACGUCAUCGCUGUGAAAGACGUCAUAGAUGUUGCCUUCUCCCCCGACGGCAUACAUCUUGCUUACGUGACUCACACGGGAAAUACCUUGCUUUGCAACGUUUGCGAUGCCGCCACAACCACAGUCACUAUUGAACCACAACGGCCAGGCCCAGAAUCUGACCUCAACCUCACUUUCUUGCCGGAUGGGAAGUCCCUUCUUCGGACAAGUGAUCAGAACAAGGCAAGAAUAUGGGACAUCACUACAGGUCAAAAUGUCGUCAAAUACACGCUCUCAUCGCGAUCGCAAGCCUUGAGUGCAGUUUCUCCUGACGGAAAGACAUUUCUCUACGGCUGGGUGAAGAGCGAAGAUGAGUUCAGGCUCGAAAUGAUCGAUGUGGUUAGCGGAAAGCGGGUCUGGCUCAUCACGGAGACUGUUUCUAUCACUGCAAUCGCAUUUGUGCCAGCAGGAGAUAAGGUAGUUGUCGGCUCUACGAACGGCACAUUGCAGGUGCUUGAAACUAGCACGGGUCGAAUACUCCUCCGACAUAUCGAUGAUCGUCGUUCAUCCGUCGAGCUGGUGAGCGGUGCUCAAUCGCUAUCCACACACUCAAAUGACUCGUCCUUCGUUUACUACAGCCGAACACCGCUCCUAAAUUGCAAAGAGGGCGCGUUGGCCUUGCGGACUGGGACGAUGACUCGAUUAUAA